AUGGGACGAGCAUGUGACAUGUGCAUUGAGAAGACUUGGACUCUACAGGGAUCGAACACCAAUGGAUGCCAAGAUUGCGACUGCGAUAUUUCUGGCUCCUUUAACAACACAAACUACUGUGACUCAGCUUCUGGGGCGUGCCAAUGCAAGUCUCAUACAGAGGGAUACAAGUGUCAAGACUGUCAGGAUGGUUACUAUAACAAGACUUCUGACAAUCCAGAUGGAUGUGUUUCAUGCCAGUGCAAUCCUGGCGGAUCCCAUAAUUCCACCUGCGACAAGGCGACUGGACAGUGCCACUGCCGUCCUAACAUUGGUGGGAAGAACUGUGACCAACCAGAUAACGAUUUCUUUGUGCCGAAGUUGGACCAUCUGAUAUAUGAAGCGGAGUAUAUGUCAAAUGCUGAUUUAUUCAUGCUUGUGGAACGCGAGGGUCAAGAGAACCAGUCAGCAACGUUUACAGGCAGAGGCUUCCUAGACCUAGGUCCCAAUGAUGUCUUCACAUUCUCUACAAGUGUGAACGUCCCCGAGACGCAGUUCUAUGAUCUAGUUGUCAGAUAUGAGUCGAGCCAAACAUGGAACAAUGUCCUCCUGACUAUCUCCACCACUGACCCAUCACCUUAUUACUGUGGGAGAGUGCCAGAAGUGUGGACCACCAAGCCUAAAACUGCUAAGGCAAAUGCUGCUUACAAACAAGGAUUUGUAAACUUUGGCAAGGUGUGCCUGAGCAGUGUCAAACAGUACACCAUCACCCUGACCUUACCCAAUGAAAAGACCAAAACAAUGCUGCUAGAUUCCCUGGUCAUUCUCCCUGACCUCUCCGAGUUGGAUGCAUACACCACGGCUGACAGCUCAACCCAAGCUGCAAUGCAGCAGUGCUUCACAACCAUACAGACAGUUGACCAUGCCUCAAGAGAAUCACUUGGGUGUGGACCAUACGAAUACUCAAUCAUGGCUGAAUUGUAUGGCAGGGCCUUGGCAUGUUCCUGUGUUGGUGCUGGCACAAUCCUCUUAACUGCCUGUGAUCCAUUUGGCGGCCAAUGCAUGUGCAAGACAAACGUCAUGGGAUUGUCAUGUGACACUUGCGACGUCUAUCAUUUUGACUUCGGCGUGACUAGUGGGUGUAGAUCGUGCGCUUGUGAUGCCUUUGGUUCGGUGACUCCGAGUUGUGAUCGCAAGACUGGGCAGUGUCCUUGCAAAGCUAACGUCACUGGGGAGAAAUGUACAAGCUGUAUACAGGAUCAUUAUGGACAUAGCACAGGAAAUGGGUGUUCUCCUUGCCAAUGCCUCCUUCAGUACUCUCUCAACAACACAUGUUCUGAUGUUGGGCAAUGUUUGUGCAAGACUGGGGUCACUGGUCUCGUAUGUGAUGCCUGCCAAGAUGGAUACGCCCAUUUGGAAUCUACUGGGUGCACUUCCUGUAACUGUGACACUGUUGGCAGCCAGUCGUCAGUUUGUGAUCCGAUCACUGGAGAAUGUCCGUGUAAGAACCAUGCAACAGGAAACAAGUGUGACGUCUGCCAAAGUGGUUAUUUUGGUCUUGGCGUCUGGGGUGAGCAAGGGUGUAUUGGAUGUGUCUGCUCGGGCCACAGCUCGGACUGCACAUCUGCCCCGGGUUGGUACAGGAACACGACGGAAAACGGUUGGUCCAUGCUCGAUCCUAGCAGCAUUGAUGCUCAGUGGACGGGCGUUGAUGGUAGUGGGCUAGCAAUCGAUGUGACGACGCCUAUCCUUGCAGGAGAAUCAACUGCACAAUUCAUCAUGAGGAUCACCAACUCGGCAGAAUACAUGCUCAGACAACAUCUGUACUUCGUAGCUACUGAAGAAUUCCUUGGCGACAAGCGCGCCGCCUACGGGCAGACGAUAACAUUUGCUUUGAAGAUUUCUACGGCAGACAAUCCAGUCGUGACGACAAAGGGAGAUAUUAUCCUCGAGGGAACAGACACAAACUACAUCCUUGUGGCAGAGUUGCCAAGCUUACCUGGGACAACUAGUAGUACAGUUUUUUCAUUCCAACUUCGUGAAGCUGAGUGGAAGGUCGGCACAACAAUGGGACGACAGGCUACUUAUACUGACCUCCAGAAAAUCCUAACCAACAUCAAGGCCAUCAAAAUCAGAGGAAAAUAUAGCAACGAUGUUGAUUCCUCUACUGACUUGUCCUAUGUUGCGAUGAAUCAUGGCGCUCCAAGCCCUACGUCCAAUGUCACAAUCAACAAUGUGGAGCAGUGCUCAUGUCCAACAGGUUUUCAGGGUCAAUUCUGUGAAAGUUGCUCAGCUGGCUACACCAGACAAACAGCGAAUGGAGGUCCAUUUGUAUCCUGUGUCCGGUGUGACUGUAACGGACAUGCGUCUGCCGAUUGUGAUCCAGAGUCGACAGUCUGUUCCUGUACCCACAAUACAUCAGGAGAUCAUUGCGAGAGUUGUUUGAGUGGUUACUAUGGAGACGCAACAGCAGGUACUCCAGGUGACUGCAAGCCCUGUAUGUGCCCUAGUAAUGUCAUCGCCGGUGACAUCAAUGUGUUUGCCUCCACCUGCAGCCUGGGCUCCUUAGGAGGGCCUAUCUGUCAGGGAUGUGCCUCAGGUCAUACUGGCCAGCAGUGCCAAUUCUGUGCUGAAGGAUGGUUUGGGCAGCCGUCGAACAUUACUAACAAUGGUGGCAAAUGUCAACUCUGCGACUGUAACGAUCGCUCCAAUGUUUGUGACACUGUGACUGGUGAAUGCCGAACCUGCGUAAACAACACUGCUGGUCCAAAAUGUGAAAUCUGUGCCCCCGGUUACUAUGGAGAUGCCAUGACAAACAGUUGUGUCCCUUGUGGAUGUAGUACAUUAGGAUCAACUGGCGUCUGUAACCAUAUAACUGGAGACUGCGAAUGCCAUCCGAACGUUGAGGGGAAACAAUGUGACGAAUGCGUAGCCAACUCCUAUGAUUUCACCAGCGGUAUUGGAUGCACCAUGUGUAACUGCAGCAUGACAGGUUCAUUUGACCUCAGCUGUCAUUUGGUGACAGGCCAGUGUCCAUGCCGGCCUAACGUGAUCGGUCAACACUGUGACCAGUGUGCAGAUGUCCACUGGAACUUCAACUCAGUUUCAGGAUGUGAUGCUUGUAACUGUGAUGUUCGAGGCACUACAAACACAACACCCAUAUUUGGGCAGUGUGACCACCUGACCGGGCAGUGCCCUUGCACCAAGAGCUCUAUCGAUGGCAGACGAUGUGAGAAGUGUACGGAAAAUUCAAAAGGCUUCUUCCCCGCGUGUGAAUUGUGUGGCGAGUGCUAUCAGAACUGGGAGACAGUCAUUUCUGAACUAAACAAGGACAUGAUGGAGCCAUUCAGGGAGACACUAGAAAUCUGGACUCAUUAUGACAACAUGACGUUGAUGGAGCUGCAGCCAAUCAUCAACAACCUCAAGACCAACAUCUCGAAGGCCGAGGUGGCGAUCACGACCAUCGGCAACAUGAGCACAGAGAUCAGUCUUUUGGAGAAUGAACAUCAGCAGAUCUUCUCGUCCCUGUACCAGUUUGGAGUGACCCUGCAGACUCUUCAAGGUCAUUACAACUCUGUCUAUGCCAGACUCCUCAAAACUCUCUCAUUUAAUGGAUCAGUGCCGACAAUGGAUGGAAAACUAGCAGACGCCAAUAUGCUAAUGAACUUGACCAAUGACAUGAAUAUGCAAAUUAAAUCCAAGCAAGCAGAAGGCAAUGCAACAUGGCUGAACGUCCAGAAAAUUUCAACUGAUAUUCAGAGUUUGAACUUUAGUACAAAUAAUCUUUUGAUGGUGAUAUCUAUGGCGACAAUACAUCUUACAAACAUUACUAAAACUCGACAAGAAGCUGAAUUGUUAGUCGGUUCCUCAUUCGAAAACAAAUUCCAACAGAACGAUUUGAAACUCAAGGCCGUUAACGGAUCCAUCCAGGUACUUGAAGGUCAUGGGAAAAAUGUUGCAACCGAUUUGCAGCUGACUGAGAGCAUCGUAACCCAGGCAGAUGGUUCCGCCCAGAAUGCCUUAGCAACGGCCAACAGCAAGCGGGAAACAAUGAAAUCGAAGGUCCUUGAAGGUCAGGUGUGCAAGUACAAUGCAUCGCAGGUUCAGCAGGCGAUGUUGAGGGCGCAGAGUGCUGCGAUUAAUUACAAGGAUACAGCCACAGCUGCAAAAGCAAACAUCACACACGUCAAUUCAGAAAUAUCAAUGAACCAGAACACACUAGCCAUGGUAGCCAAUCAAAUCACUGAGACAACCAACCUGACCCAGACGAUAUUAAAAAUGGUGCUUCAGCCUGUGGUGGUGAUGCAGUAUCUCGUGGAUUCCAUCAGUAGUACCGCCAUUGACAAGGAGGAUGUGAACAGGACGUAUCUGGCUGGGAGUAGUGCGUUGGGGAAGGCAGAAACUGCAUUGGCUUUGACACUAAGUGCUGCGCACGAAGCAGAGAUGGCUCUAGAGCAGGUCCAGGGCAUCGAGAACAAUCUUGCUGGGGCAAAGCUGAACAGAAACACAACAGGACAACUGCUAAAAGACAUCGCAGCAAAGGACACUGAGAUCAGUAAUGUCAUUUCUGUGGUUGGAGCAAAAGCGUCCAGUACCAAAACCAAGGGAAUUGAGAUGUCAACCAUGUUGGGCCACCUGAUGGGGGAGAUUGCCGCAACUGGACAAUGUUUUGGUGACAGUGCUUCUAAGAUUUCGUUGGCAAAGAAUGAGUCAGAGAUUUUGUAUCAGAAAGCGUCUGAUUACUAUAAGAUUCACAACGAGACAGUCCUUGGUUUAGAAGACUUGAAAAAGAGUACCCCAGUGUUGCAAUCAGAUGCCCAGUCUGUCCAAGUGGAACUGCAAGCCCAGCAGGCAGAGAUGGCAGCACUAAACAACCAGCUGGAGAACGUGCAACAGAUUACUAACUUGACCGUUCUUCUCGACGAUUUCAGCCAACAGAAAACUGACCUCCUGACUUUGGGGAGUGAACUGGGUACUAUGGAAACGGAAAUCGACAACAUCCUAAAUUUCUUUGAGGUUACAGAUCCUGCCUCAUCUAGCUGCACUGAUACUCAUUCUUGA